CCUGUACUGUCUGCAGUCUCUGGUCAUCUCCUGUACUAUGUCCGCAGUCUCUGGUCAUCUCCUGUACUGUGUGCAGUCGCUGGUCAUCUCCUGUACUGUCUGCAGUCUCUGGUCAUCUCCUGGUACAUGUCCGCAGUCUCUGGUCAUCUCCUGUACGGUCUGCAGUCUCUGGUCAUCUCCUGUACUAUGUCCGCAUCUCUGGUCAUCUCCUGUACUGUCUGUAGUCUCUGGUCAUCUCCUGUACUAGUCUCUGUCUGUAGUCAGUCUCUGGUCAUCUCCUGUACAUGUCUGCAGUCUCUGGUCAUCUCCUGUACUAUGUCUGCAGUCUCUGGUCAUCUCCUGUACUAUGUCCGCAGUCUCUGGUCAUCUCCUGUACUGUGUCUGCAGUCGCUGGUCAUCUCCUGUACUGUCAGUCGCUGGUCAUCUCCUGUACUAUGUCCACAGUCUCUGGUCAUCUCUCCU